AAAGCCGGACGUUACAAUGUCAUGUUAAACAUGAUUACACAAAAUAAAAUGGAGCUUGAAACUCGAAAACAACAUUUUCACAGUGAAAGAUCUUGCUUACGACUGUUUUUUACUGGGCUGUGUCUGGGAAUCGUGUGUUUUCUGGUUGUAUGGUCUUAUAUGGGUAAUGGAAAGAAGAAACAAUCUACACCCAGCAUUUUAUCUCAGCACUUUGCAAGACUCCACAACUCCACAAACACCAUCACUUCUCCUGCAAACAAUGUAUUAAUAAUAAGUUCAGAAGAGUCUGAGUCACUGAUAAAAUCAUUUUACUCUGAAUUAGGAAUCAGUUCAGACAGGUACUCCAGUUUACAGCAGGUUCUCUUCUGGGCUGAACCAGACAGAUCUGUCACACCUGUGUCCCUCAGUACUAGUCCAGCCCACUCCACAUUCACCAUCCAGGACCUGAGAGAGAGCUACCAAAUAGGCGAGGAGAUUUUUGUUACUGUGCAUGCGAGGGAUUUUAACAACAAACCCAAACAUUAUGGAGGGGACUUCUUUCAAGCCAAGCUUUUCUUAUCCAAAUCUAAGGCCAGUGUGUUUGGGGAAGUGGUGGACCAGCUCAAUGGUUCCUACUCUGUGCGUUUUCUCCUACCAUGGGUUGGUGAGGCACAGGUGGCUGUACGUCUUAUCCACUCCAGUGAAGCUGUGCAGGUUCUGAGGCGUCACAGAGACACUGACUCUGACAGAGUGUUUUUCAAAGGAUAUUAUGAGGGGCCAGGACCAAAUGGGACCAGGUUGAGUGAAGUAGUGAAGUGUAAUGUGAAGUGGGACAAGAAUGGACUGGAGAGGAUGGGAACUGGAGACUGCUGCUGUGAAUAUAAGGAUCCCCGUACUGGAGAAAUAUGGCGCUGCCAGAGACCCAAAUCCCUGUCAUGCAGUGCCCUCGUGUACCACUCUAUGGGCGGGUAUAUCAACCGCCUGACUAAAGAAGAGAAUACGCUUAUGAAGCAAACCAACAAGGGUAUCAAUGGAGAAAAGAGCAUCAUCAAAAUUCUUCCUUCCAAUGCAAGUGAAAGUACUGGUGUAACUAAGAAAUGUCGUCCUGCCUUGCACACACCAGUUCCAGCUGGAUUUUACCUGAAUGAUGUGUGGACUUCCUUUGUCUGUAGCACCCGUCAUUUCACUAUGCAAACAACAACACAGUGCCUGAAAGACAAACACAUCUACAUGAUGGGAGACUCAACUAUGAGACAGUGGUUUGAAUUCUUUGUGAAAGCAGUACCAACCCUGAAGCAGAUGAAUCUGCAUGUUCAGUAUGUCGCAGGACCGCUCAUAGCAGUAGAUGUGGAGAACAACAUUGACUUACAUUGGAGGGCUCACGGUGUUCCUCUGCGGUGUCGGAAAACAUCAGUGGCAAAUCUGCACUACAUCAGUAAUGAGAUUGAUGACCUGGCUGGAGGACCCCACACUGUCAUUGUGUUUAAUCUGGGGCCCCAUUUCACCACAUACCCUCUGGAUUUCUUCACCCACAGAGUGUUAAGGAUCCGAAAAGCUAUCCUGGCAUUGUUACAACGGGCACCAGAAACGAUCAUCGUAAUAAAGACUGUCAACACUGGCUAUAAGGAUGUGUUUGGCAGUGACUGGUAUUCUCUACAGUUGGACAGAAUUCUACGAUGGGCUUUUCAGGAUGUUGGUGUUUAUAUUUUAGAUGUGUGGCAAAUGACAGCCUGUCACUACAGCAAAGAAAACAUUCAUCCAGGCCCUGUUGUAAUAAAAAAUGAGAUCGAUAUUUUCCUUUCAUUUAUUUGCCUGGAAUGAAUUUACAUUAUUUUGACAUGGAGGAAUGUACAGUGUUCAGUAAUAACUGCUACUACAGGUGAUGUAUCUCUGAACAUCACAUGAAUUAUUCAAAGAACUGUAUUAUUAUUUAAAGUGUGAGUAACAUACAGUACUGUAUUUUCAACAUUGUGGGAAAGUUACUUUUAAAAGUAUUUGUAAAGGGAUUCAUGGAAAGGAGUCGAGAACUUGACGAUAUAAAUAAAUGUUUAAUAUAAAACUGAAACAUAAAGUCAAACACACAAAUGUGUCAGACAGCUGUCCUUAAAUCUCUCUCUCUCUCUCUCUCUCUCUCUCUCUCUCAAAUUCUAAUGAGCUUUAUUGGCAUGACAAAUUGUACAUUGUAUUGCCAAAGCAUUUAUAUGAGCAUGAAAAAUACAAAAUUAACAAAGUAGAACAAAUUCUGUAUUGACCAAGUGUGGGAAAAAA